AUGAGUUCGCGACCUUCGGCCUUCGGUGGCCUACGCAUGGGUGAGGUGAUUCGCGAGAAGGUGCAGGAUGGCCUGACGGGGGAAACCAAGGAGAUGCAGUACACCCAGUGUAAGAUAGUGGGCAACGGCAGUUUCGGCGUCGUCUUCCAGACCAAGCUGUCGCCUUCGGGUGAAGACGCGGCCAUCAAGCGGGUGCUGCAGGACAAGCGAUUCAAGAACAGAGAACUGCAGAUCAUGCGCAUCGUGCGCCACCCGAACAUCGUCGAGCUCAAGGCAUUCUACUACUCCAACGGAGACAGGAAAGAUGAGGUAUACCUGAACCUGGUCCUCGAGUUUGUGCCCGAGACCGUCUACCGUGCGUCGCGCCACUUUAAUAAGAUGAAGACGACCAUGCCGAUCCUCGAGGUCAAGCUCUACAUCUACCAGCUCUUCCGCUCCCUCGCCUACAUCCACUCCCAAGGCAUCUGCCACCGAGACAUCAAGCCGCAGAAUCUGCUCCUCGAUCCGGCCUCCGGCAUCCUCAAGCUGUGCGACUUUGGCAGUGCGAAAAUCCUGGUGGAGAACGAGCCCAACGUGUCGUACAUCUGCUCGCGGUAUUACCGUGCUCCGGAGCUCAUCUUCGGCGCGACCAACUACACGACCAAGAUUGAUGUCUGGUCCACUGGCUGCGUCAUGGCGGAGUUGAUGCUUGGGCAGCCGCUCUUCCCGGGAGAGUCGGGCAUCGACCAGCUCGUGGAGAUUAUCAAGGUCCUCGGGACGCCGACGCGCGAUCAGAUCCGCACCAUGAACCCCAACUACAUGGAGCACAAGUUCCCGCAGAUCAAGCCGCAUCCGUUUAGCAAGGUGUUCCGUAAGGCGGAUCCGAACGCGAUCGACCUGAUCUCGCGACUGCUCGAGUACACACCUACGCAGAGGCUGUCGGCGAUCGACGCGAUGGUGCAUCCAUUCUUCGACGAGCUGCGGGAUCCGAACACGCGUUUGCCGGACUCUCGCCACACCAAUGGCGGCAGCAAGGAGCUCCCUGUGCUCUUUGACUUCUCCCAUCACGAACUCUCCAUCGCGCCCCAGAUGAACUACCAGCUCGUCCCCGCGCACAUCAAGCCCACGCUCGCCGCCAAGGGGCUCGACAUCGACAAUCUCCGCCCGUUGACGAAGGACCAGAUGAUGGCUCGCUUGGACUGA